CACAAUCUCACUCCACCUAAAUCCAACGCAGCAAACACAGCAUACUUACUCCCCCAUCUCUCUUCUUCAUCUUCUUCUUCUCCUCCUCCUCGCCUUUCAUUUCAUCGCUGUUUGUACCCAACACGCAAUAACAAUCUCCUUCAAUGGCAGUUGACUCGUCCCUUCCUUCUCCCCUCGGGCCACCGGCCUGUGAGAAAGACGCCAAGGCCUUGCAAUACAUCGAACAAACCACCCGAAACGCCGACGCCGUCCAGGAGACGGUGCUCGCCGAGAUUCUCAGCCGAAACGCCGAGACCGAAUACCUCCGACGCUACAAGCUCGGCGGCGCCACUGACCGUAAAUCCUUUAAAUCCAAGCUUCCAGUCAUCACUUACGAGGAUGUCCAGCCGGAAAUCCAAAGGAUCGCCAAUGGAGAUCGCUCCCCUAUCCUCUCGGCUCAUCCCAUCUCUGAGUUUCUCACCAGCUCUGGUACUUCAGCGGGUGAGAGGAAGCUGAUGCCAACGAUUCAGGAGGAGUUGGAUCGUCGUCAAUCACUCUACAACCUCCUCAUGCCAGUCAUGAACCUUUGUGUGCCUGGUUUGGACAAAGGAAAGGGCUUGUACUUUCUGUUCGUCAAGUCCGAAUCAAAGACUCCGGGCGGACUCUUGGCCCGACCCGUUUUGACCAGCUACUACAAAAGCGAGCAUUUCAAGACUCGCCCUUACGAUCCCUACAAUGUCUACACCAGCCCCAACGAGGCCAUCCUCUGCCCCGACUCGUUUCAAUCCAUGUACACUCAAAUGCUCUGUGGCCUCCUCGAGCGCCACCAAGUCCUCCGCCUCGGCGCCGUUUUCGCCUCCGGUCUCCUCCGCGCCAUCCACUUCCUCCAGCUCAACUGGCAGCAACUCGCCGCCGACAUCCGCACCGGAACACUCAACCCCAAAAUUACCGACCCGGAGUUGAGGGAAUGCAUGGAGCGGAAACUGAAACCCGAGCCUGAACUUGCUGAGUUCGUUGCCGAACAAUGCGGCGAGGAGAAUUGGCAGGGAAUCAUAACCCGAAUUUGGCCCAGUACAAAAUAUCUCGACGUCAUCGUCACCGGAGCUAUGGCCCAGUAUAUUCCGACUUUGGAUUACUACAGCGGCGGCUUACCCAUGGCCUGCACCAUGUACGCUUCAUCCGAGUGUUACUUCGGACUCAACCUGAACCCCAUGUGCAGACCUUCACAAGUUUCAUACACAAUUAUGCCAAACAUGGCUUACUUCGAGUUCCUCCCCUACGAGCCCAACUCAGUGAGUUUUGACCCGACCCGACUCGUUGACCUGGUCGACGUGGUGGUCGGAAAAGAAUACGAGCUCGUUAUUACCACUUACGCCGGACUCUACCGCUACCGCGUCGGCGACAUUCUCCGGGUCACCGGGUUCCACAACUCGGCGCCGCAGUUCCACUUCGUGCGGCGGAAGAACGUCCUGCUCAGCAUUGACUCCGACAAGACCGACGAGGCGGAGCUCCAGCUCGCCGUCGACAACGCCACCAAGCUCGUCCUGGAGAAGCUCAACGCCAGCGUGGUGGAGUACACCAGCUUCGCCGACACCAAGACCAUACCGGGCCACUACGUCAUCUACUGGGAGCUUCUAGUCAAGGACUCGGCCGAGUCGCCCAGCUCGGAAUCGCUGAGUCAGUGCUGCUUGGCCAUGGAGGAAUCGCUCAACUCGGUUUACCGGCAGUGCCGGGUGGCGGACAACUCGAUCGGGCCGUUGGAGAUUCGUGUGGUGAAGAGCGGCACGUUCGAGGAGUUGAUGGACUACGCGAUCUCGAGAGGCGCGUCGAUUAACCAGUAUAAGGUGCCGCGGUGUGUGAAUUUUACCCCGAUAAUGGAGUUACUGGACUCCAGGGUGGUUUCCAAGCAUUUUAGCCCUUCUUUACCGCAUUGGACCCCGGAAAGGAGACGGUAAAUUUUUUUGUCCACCGACGGGGAAAAGUCAACGGCUUUGUGGUCCUAAACUAGCUUAAAUAUAAUGUAACCUUGUUUUUGGAUAUUUUUGGGUAGAUUUUUUUAUUAAAAAAAAAAGUGUAAGUUGGAUUAGGACGUUGCAGGGGCAGGUUUUGUAA